AUGGAAGAGGAACUACAGAUUGAGCUCCUCAGAGCUGCUGUCUCUGAAAUCAAGCUCUCCCCAGAGUUCUCUCUGAAUGACCACACAGGGUCAUAUGCCACUGUGUUGAUUGAGGGGGGGGGCACUGUCGCAACAGCGGCAGGGGGGGCACAAAAAGAACUGGACACAGACAAAUCAACCAGCAGAAGGGAUGACACCUCACUGCAAGGCACAGCAACUGUCACUACAGCUGCAAGAGAAGCAGAAGAAGAAGAAGAAGAAGAUAUGACAAUAAGAGCAGUGCUUUCAUGA